CCCCAAGCCCAGAUCCAAGCGACCUUCAUGCGCUAGAUGGGAUGCUAACAAUACAAACAUACAAGAGGACGCAGAGUGCAGUCUUACCAAAUUCUAAUAGCAAACCCAUUGGUUAAUCCAGUGGAUGCUCUGCUGCGCCGGCACUUCAUUCCUUGGCGCUCGAUUGGCGCUCAUCGCUCCAUCUCUGCAGGGCCUCGCCCACUAAAUCCCCUGUCUCUGCUCCGCUCACUAGCUACCAUUCUCCACCAAUUCUACGCAAACCUGAGCUUCGAAAGGGGGGCACGGGCAGCUGGAUGAGUCCUUUGUCUUGGGUUUUCCAGCUGUCACUUGUUUCGACUAACUUGUUCUUCUUCUCCUUCCUUCACUCGUUUCUUCUCUUCAUCUUCUCUUCUCGCAAUUUUCUCCCAUUUCUUCCUUUUUGAACCCGUCACUCCUUGUCACGCUUUUCCUUUUUACUUCGUUCUACUUCUUUCACGUCUCACUUUUACCACCCGAAUCGACGCGUCGGUUGAUUGCCCAGCAAUCCUCACUUUCAAAUAAUCUCGAUUUUUUUUCCCUUCGAAGCGACGCACACACUCUCUUCCACAGCGCUGGCUCGCAUAUUGUUUGCCUAUUUGCAAGCGUCUUGGUUCAUACUCCAGCUUGCCCAAACCCUUCUACUCUCUUCAACAAGCUAAUCCAACCUCGAACCGACGAAAGAAGCCGAGAUUUUGAACCAGCAAUGGGCAUUACGUUACCUGGUGCCUCGCGCCCCUCCUUCAUCAUGCGGCUGCCUAUACUUCGGUUCCUCCUUGUGGCGAUCAGCCUACUUGUAUUUUUUACCCUCUUGUCACAGAGCGACGCUGUCGCCGAUCACUUACGACCCAACUUUCACCCGCCUACCGCGGUUCACCACACCCAGCGUCCUCCUCCGAAAGAGGGUGCCUCCCAGCUCACUCCCACACAGCAUGCCGGUGAUUUCAAGCUCAACUGCCAGCCGGAAAUGUCCCAUCUUAAAGAGAUUGCUCAACGCUACAAGCUUGACAGCCGCUUCCAAUACUCUAAGCGAUAUGUCCGCUUCACCCGUACUGCUGGACUCAAACGCCAGAGUAUGACACACAUCAAGCAAAAGCUCAUUCCCGACAAGACCAGCUUCCGUACCAUCGACCUCUCCAAAACCCCUAGCGGCUCAAAUGAGUGCCUCGAGCCACUUGAUUUACCGGUUCCUGAGUCGGGCUACCCUCACACUGUGAACGCCUCCGACUUCAUGUUCGGCGUAUCAACUACUUACAAGCGAUUCAUGGACCAGCACACCUCUCCUAUUAACGAAUGGGUCUUUUGGCUGACUGACAGCCGUGGCAACUCCAACGGCGGAAAGUUGCUGCUGUUGCUCCUGGACGCUACCAAUGAGCAGCUCCAGGAAGUUGCCAAUCUCCUCGGCGAUGUCGGCAUCGAUGUCGAUGUAUUCAAAUCAGACUCUAAGCAGGAAAUGGCCGUUCGCUAUCUGACUCUUGUUCCAACUCUCUACACACAUAAGGAGGCUCAAACCAAAAAGUGGCUGGUCACCUGCGACGACGACACUUUCUUCCCUAGCAUGCAUGGACUGAUGGAAAAGAUCAACAGCUACGACCACACACGCGAAAUGUACAUUGGAACUCUCUCCGAAGAUGUCGGUGCUGUUGGCCGGCACGGAUCCCAAGCCUUUGGCGGUGCCGGUGUCUUCAUCUCGUUACCGCUGGCAAAGCGUAUUACAGCUCUCUAUAGCUCCUGCACAUCACCUCAGAAGAUUCGUGAAUCCAACACCGGAUGGGGCCCCCAAGGCGAUAUUCUUCUUCGCAAAUGCAUCUACGAAAACACCGAAACUCGUCUCACUAAUGUUUGGGACCUUUGGCAAUUAGAUAUCUUGGGUCGUCCCGAAGGCUUUUACGAAUGGGGCAUUAAGCCUCUCUCCAUUCAUCACUACCGCGGAGGCGGUUGGCAUGACGCAAAGCCUGGCGCCAUGGCCAAGGUUGCCCUUACUUGCGGUGAAGACUGCACCCUGAUGCGCUUCCAGACCGAGGACGACUUCAUCGUGUCCGGUUACUCUGUUGCACACUACCCGUCUGGGAUCACCUUUGACACUAAACAAGCGGAGGGAACGUUUCAUGCUGCGCCCGAUGACUACGGCUGGAACCUGGACUUCAUGUUUGGUCCCUUGAGACCCUCGCUGCUCUUGACUGGCCGAAAGAUCUCCUGGGAGCUUCAAGAAGCUGCUCUUCAAUCCGAUGGCUCCAUCUUACAAACAUAUGUCCGCCACAAGAACGACAACCGUUGGUCUAAGAAUGGAAAGCCCAUGAGCAACAUUGACGGCGUCAUUGAACUUGUGUGGAUUCCUUCUGCUGAUGCUGCCGAGAGCAAAUCAAGUGUUUGAGUUACUGUAUGGCGUUUUGAGGCGUUUCUUGAUUGAUUCGGUUUGACAAUCUGUCCAUUAUCUGUUUUCUUUUUGGCCUCUGAGAGUUUGUGCUUGGAUUUAUGGCCACACGAGUUGGAAUAUCCCAGACACGGAUCUGUUUGAUCUGUUGUGUUUGUAGCUAUCGUGUUGCCACACAACCCGUAUAUAGAAAUGGCACGCGAACGGCACAACGUUGAGAUGUAGAUUAGCAAAAAUGUUUGAUUAUAUACUUUAGAGCAACGAAAUGGAUUGCAUUUAAUCAUUAGCAAA